AACCCAAUGAGUGUAGCUGUGUUUGUCUUUCCUUCUGUCCUCCACACCAAAGGCAUAAAGACCCAUCUUGACAAGAGUCGACUUCACUAAUGUUGGAUCACAGGAGAAGGCCUUGAAUCGGUUUAACUUCUAGAGAGCAGAAGGGUUAGUGUAGACAAGUCUCCCUGUUGUCCACACGAGUGUUCCAAAAUGGUCAGAGCCGUAUCAGGAGCCAACCAGGAGUUGUGACAGGAGAGGAGAGCCAAUCAGAGGAGAGAGAUGUUGGUGCAGGGCGGGCCUUGGGUCCUGUCUGUCAUGUCAUUGCUCCUGCUGCUGUGGCAAGAAAUGUCUGCUAUCGAGGUUCCUCUUGAUCAAAAGAUCCAGCAGGAUUUGAAGCAGCCUCCCACCAUAAUGAAACAGUCAUUGAAGGACUACAUUGUUGAUCCCAGAGAUAACAUCAUCAUUGAAUGUGAGGCUAAGGGGAACCCCGUGCCAACGUUCUCAUGGCGACGGAAUGGGAAGUUCUUCAACGUGGGGAAGGAUCCACGGGUGACGAUGCGGAAGCGCUCGGGAACGCUGGAGAUUAGCUUCCGGAGCGGAGGGAGGCCAGAGGACUAUGAGGGGGAAUACCAGUGUUUCGCCUCUAAUGACUUUGGAACGGCGCUGACCAACAAGAUCCUACUACGAGUGUCCAAGUCCCCUCUGUGGCCCAAGGAGGUAUUGGAGCCAGUAGUAGUGGGUGAGGGUUCUUCCCUGGUCUUGGCCUGUAACCCUCCUCCAGGCCUGCCCCCUCCACACACCUUCUGGAUGAACAGCGCCAUGAUGUCUAUAACCCAAGAUAGGCGUGUGUCCAUGGGUCUGAAUGGAGAUCUGUAUUUCUCUAAUGUUCUGGCUAAAGACUCGCACACAGACUACAGCUGCAACGCCCGCUUCCUCUUCACACACACCAUCCAGCAGAAGAACCCCUUCACACUCAAAGUGCAGACCAGUCGUAAGGUAGCAGAGACUCCCCCUAACUUCCUCUCCCCCGCGGGGACUGACAGCUCAAGGAUGAUGGUGCUGAGAGGACAAAAACUACAGCUGGAGUGUAUCGCUGCCGGAUUUCCCACCCCCAGUAUAAAGUGGUUUAAGAAGGGAGGAGAUCUGAACCAGAAGGUGAAGCUAGACAACUUCAAUAAGACUCUGCGUAUUGACAGCGUGUCAGAGGAGGACGCAGGGGAAUACAUGUGUAUGGCCAACAAUCAGAUAGGAAGCAUCCGACACUCCAUCUUCGUCCAGGUUAAAGCGGCUCCCUAUUGGCUGGACAAGCCAUUCAACCUGGUGUUAGCACCGGAUGAGAGCAGUCGUCUGGUGUGUCGGGCCAAUGGGAACCCCAAACCACUCAUCCAGUGGCUGGUCAACGGAGAGUCUAUGGAGAGAAAUAGCUCCCUGCCCAACCCCAGAAGAUCGGUGGUAGGUGACACCAUCAUCUUUCACUCUGUUCAGAUCGGCAGCAGCGCUGUGUACCAAUGUAACGCCUCCAAUCACCAUGGUUACCUGCUGGCCAACGCUUUCGUCAGCAUAUUGGACAUGGCUCCCAGGAUGCUUGGUGCUAAGAACCAGCUAAUAAAGGUGAUAGAGAACAACAGAACCUUCCUGGACUGUCCCUUCUUUGGCUCGCCACUUCCUGAGCUACGUUGGUUUAAGAAUGGUCAGGGCAGUGGUCUGGACGGUGGUCAAUACCGGGUCUACAUCAAUGGGAGCCUAGAGAUCAAGCGUGCGCGGGUUGAGGACCAGGGUACAUACACCUGUGUGGCCAGAAACAUCCUGGGCAAGGAGGAGAACCAGGUCCGACUGGAGGUCAAAGAGCCGACCCGUAUCGUCAGGGCUCCAGAGCACCAGUCAGCAUUUAGAGGCACCAUGGCUCGUUUUGACUGCCGGGUGAAAUCAGACCUCACUCUGCCCAUCACUGUUACCUGGCUGAAGGAUGACAAGCCUCUCUCUCUGGGAUGGAGGUUAAAGAAGGAUGAGGAUUCCCUGUCCAUCCCUAAUGUCCACGAGCAGGAUGAGGGAACAUACACCUGUACUGUUAAAUCAGAGAUCGACCAAGAUACUGCCUCAGCACGCCUUACUGUGUUAGAGGGCACCUCCCUGUAUCCCUCACUGUCUAGUGCCUUGCCUGCAGCUCCUGAUGCUUUCCCUAGUGGCCUGAAAGGCUGGGGUACCAAGAACACAAACAUGGAGAUCAGCUGGGAGCCCUUGUUGGACACAGAGCAAAACGGCCCUAACCUGCACUACUCGGUGUGGUGGAGGCGGAAGGAUACGGGGGAGGAAUGGAACAACGUGACUACGGUUGGGACGAAGCACAUUGUCCACGACACAGAGACCUACGUUCCCUAUGAGAUCAAACUGCAGGCCAGGAAUGACUUUGGAGCAGGACCUGAGUCCAACAUCAUCAUAGGAUAUUCUGGGGAGGACAAGCCUACAGCCCCUCCUACAGACCUGCAUGUGUCAAAGAUUGACAGCACCAAGGUCAACGUCCACUGGACCCCGGUAGACCCCAAAACUGUCCAGGGAGAGUUCAAGGAGUACAGGCUGUACUACUGGCGUGAGGGCAGCAUGGUGAAGGGUCUGCAUGUGAAUAAAGAGAAGAAGACUAAAGGGUUCUACAGUACCGUGGCCCAGCCUACUGGCAUAUUGACAGACCUACAGCCAUACAGCCACUACCGCAUGUUUAUGGUGGUCGCCAACAGUCGUUACGAUGGGCCGCCUAGCAACCAUGUGGAUUUCCAUACCAAGGAAGGAGUGCCAGAUCUUCCUCAGUUCUUUAAGAUCGUCCAGAGUAGUCCAGAGUCUAUCCACCUGGAGUGGGACAAACCCCUGGAGCCUAACGGCAUUCUGAUUGGAUACACACUCAACUAUCAAGCAGUGAACGGGUCGCGUGUGGGCCACAUGCAGAUGGAGAGUUUCCUACCUAACGUGACAGCCUACAGACUCCGCUUGCCAGACCAAGCUAUCCGCUACAGGUUCUACCUGGCGGCCCACACACAGGUGGGAGCAGGGAAGGUCUACGCUGGGGAGUCUCCACAUUUCACCAAUGAAGGCAUGGCUCCUGGGAGGGUGAUCUGGAACCUGACGGUGAAGCCUAACAGUAACUACGCUAACGUCAGCUGGAACCACAACUUCCCGAUCGGCAGCAGCGAGUUCCAGCUAGAGUUCACACUGGACGGCAAUGGCAGUGUGUCAAGCGUACCAGUGAACCAGCCGCCCAUUAAGCUGGCGGGGCUGAUCGAAGGGGCCAAGUACCGCCUGAGGGUGUACUCCAACGAAUACCACAGCAUCUCCAGCAAUGUUGUCACCUUUGAGACCAGCGCAGCCUACAUUAAAGACCAGGUGGACAUUGCUACCCAGGGCUGGUUUAUCGGGCUGAUGUGUGCGAUCGCUCUCAUCAUCCUCAUCCUCCUCAUCGUCUGCUUCAUCAAGAGGAGUCGCGGAGGAAAAUAUCCAGUACGAGAUAAAAAAGAUAUCCCUCUGGAGGGAAUGGAUCAGAAGGGAGAGGAUGGAUCAUUUGACUACAACAGCGACGAGGACAACAAGCCUCUGCAGGGCAGCCAGAACUCUCUGGAUGGGGGUGUGAAGGAGAGUGACGACAGCCUGGUGGACUAUGGCGAGGGAGGGGAUGGCCAGUUCAACGAGGACGGUUCCUUCAUCGGCCAGUACACUGUCAAAAAGGACAAGGACGAGACGGAAGGCAACGAGAGUUCCGAGGCCACCUCACCCGUCAACGCCAUCUACUCGCUGGCAUAGUCCCCAUGCCCGGCCUGGCCUGGGGAUCUGAGGAACUCCCCUUGGUGGUCGGAGGGUGAUAUUACCACCACUACUACUACUACACACACACACACACAUACGCGAACACACACACAUAUGAAUAUAAGUGUAUUAAUAUAUAAAACACAUAUACACAUGUAAACACACGCAGCACCUGCCUGGAGACUGUUUGACCUCUUAAAGCGGAGGGAGAAACCAUUCCUCUGAGAAUUAAGGGGGUGUGAAUGGAAUGGAGUUGAAGUUACUGUGAGCCAAGGCCUGACGUUCGGCUAUUGACGUUCUAUAGAAAUGGCUUGCCAAGGUGAAGUUUGGUAAUCUUCAACAGUACCAGUCUCUCUAUGCUCCUCCUUCUGCCCCUCACACAGACUGAGUGUGCCUAACGGGCUUCAGUUGUAGAGGACUAGGAGGAAACGCAGAGGUUUUCAACCAUUUUGUGUGGCUCUAGAGCUUUCUUUGUUUUCAACGUACUCAGCUUUCCCCCCAAACCCCUCUCUUUCUCCCCACA